AUGCAUUGUGUCUUGAAGGGAUUCAAUAUCAAAAGUGUGCAUUCCCAAGGAUUCAAGCUGAACGUCUGGGAUAUUGGAGGUCAGCGCAAAAUACGACCUUACUGGAGGAAUUACUUUGAGAACACCGAUGUUCUGAUCUAUGUUAUUGACAGCGCGGACAGAAAACGGUUCGAGGAAACUGGUGAAGAGCUCUCUGAACUUUUGGCCGAAGACAAGCUUGUUGGAGUGCCGUUCAUCGUAUUUGCCAAUAAACAGGAUCUACUGAACGCGGAAACUGCGGACAAAAUCUCAGAUGGCUUGGGUUUACUUACUAUCCGGGAUCGUCCGUGGCAGAUUCAAGGAUGUUCGGCUUUAACAGGAACCGGAAUAAAAGAAGGAAUGGAGUGGGUUAUCAAAUCUGUCAAUACACGAGGAAAGUUGAAGUGAUCGGCCGUACUGUAACGCGCCAGUCUGUUGUCAACCCCAGAGUUUUGUUCAUGAGCAAUCCCUCUUUUCUCGCAUUUCCAUCAUCAACAUUGAGGGCGAGAUUUGUUCUGUGCAGACCCAUAUGUUAUACUGUGUCUCCCUUUUUGUUGCGUAUCUUGGCAUUGUCAAUGGGGUACAUGUGCGUCGCCGCCAUUUUGUACAUCAGUGGUAAAUCAAAGGUGUGCAUUGAAGAUGUAUGUAUCUGCCGACCUUGGCUGUGAUUUGCACACAGUUCUUUAUCCCAUCGAGCUGUACUUUGUUGCCGGAAUGCAAUGUAUGUUUCGCG